AUGUUACAAGACUUGUAAGACUUGCUCAGGUCAAGGUAAGGAAUAGUGUUUAACUUGUUAUAGUGACAUAAGUUUGAGUUCUAAUAAUUCAUGUGAUUCUAGUAAGGAUCGAACAGAUUAAAAGUUCCUUCAAAUUGCAGAUGAAUUUUAAGAUAAAUAUGAUAAUAAUAAAGAUGAUGAAGAUUAUGUCUGUAUUGAAGAUAUAAGUAAUCAUAAUUAAUAGUUUUUUUUAGAUCUUUAAGAUAAAUGUGAAGAUAGUUGCCCUAAAUGUACAAGUGCAUAAAGUUGUUUAAUUUGUAAACCCUAAAAAUAUCUCUAUUUUGGAUAAUGAAUGGAUUAAUGUCCAGAAUACACAAAAAUAUUUGGAACUAAUUGCUUAAGCAUUUUUGAUAUUAUUUCAAAAAAUAACAAUUUAAGGCUUAAAUAAUUAGUAAGAGAAUUUUAUGAUCUAUCAACAGCAAAAAGCUCUACGGAUACAAUAUUUUAGUUUAUUUCAUCAUAUAAUUCAUUUAAUUUCUAAAAAGAUGAUGCUAUUUAUUAUAACUACUUUUCAAAUAAAAGAAUAUUUAGAGGACCAUUAGUAUGAGGUAAUGCUGAAUUUAAAUUUACAAAAAGUUGGACAGAAGAGUUUUAAUUUAUUAGAAUAUUUUUGA